CCUCUGCCCGCCGUGCCCGGGCCGUCUGCCCGCGGCCAUGAGCUCGCUCCGCCCGGGCCGAGCCCGCCGCCCUCUGGAGUAGCCCCCGCCGCCGCGGACCCGCCCGCACCAUGGAGUCGCCCGCCUCGAGCCAGCCCGCCGGCCUGCCCGCGGCCAAAGGAAAACCCAAGAGGAAGAGGGACCUGCGGAUAUCCUGCGUGUCCAGGCCGCCUCUGCCGAACCCCACACCCCCCCGGAACCUGGACUCCCGGACCUUCAUCACCAUUGGAGAUAGGAACUUUGAGGUGGAGGCGGAUGACCUGGUGACCAUCUCGGAACUGGGCCGCGGCGCCUACGGGGUGGUGGAGAAGGUGCGGCAUGCCCAGAGUGGCACCAUCAUGGCUGUUAAGCGGAUCCGGGCCACCGUGAACUCGCAGGAGCAGAAGCGUCUGCUCAUGGACUUGGACGUCAACAUGCGCACGGUCGACUGCUUCUACACCGUCACCUUCUACGGGGCCCUUUUCAGAGAGGGAGAUGUGUGGAUCUGCAUGGAGCUCAUGGACACGUCUCUGGACAAGUUCUACCGGAAGGUGCUGGACAAACACAUGACCAUCCCAGAGGACAUUCUGGGGGAGAUCGCUGUGUCCAUCGUGAGGGCGCUGGAGCAUCUGCACAGCAAGCUGUCCGUGAUCCACAGAGACGUGAAGCCGUCCAAUGUCCUCAUCAAUAAGGAGGGCCAUGUCAAAAUGUGCGACUUCGGGAUCAGCGGCUACUUGGUGGACUCUGUGGCCAAGACCAUGGACGCCGGCUGCAAGCCCUACAUGGCUCCCGAGAGGAUCAACCCGGAGCUGAACCAGAAGGGCUACAAUGUGAAGUCGGACGUCUGGAGCCUCGGCAUCACCAUGAUCGAGAUGGCCAUUCUACGGUUUCCCUACGAGUCAUGGGGGACCCCGUUCCAGCAGCUGAAGCAGGUCGUGGAGGAGCCAUCCCCCCAGCUCCCAGCUGACCGUUUCUCCCCCGAGUUUGUGGACUUCACUGCACAGUGCCUGAGGAAGAACCCUGCGGAGCGCAUGAGCUACCUGGAGCUGAUGGAGCACCCUUUCUUCACCUUGCACAAAACCAAGAAGACGGACAUUGCUGCCUUUGUGAAGGAGAUCCUGGGAGAGGACUCGUAGGGGCGGGGCCUUGGACCCCACUCUGGCCCCCCAGUGCCCCCCAGCCCCCUCUGGGGGAGCAGUGCUUGCUCACACCCAUAAGCUGCCGCCCUGGCCCGAGACGUUCCAGGAGGAAUCGAGGGGGUUGCUCCCACCUGGCUCGGCAACAGGCCAUUGGUCCCAAGUGCCAAAGAACCAGACCACUGGGGCCCCCAGCUGGGCCUGCGAGGGCCCCAUCAGUGCCUCUGCCCCUGCUGCUCCAAGGACCCCAAGUCUCUAGCCCCCAAGACCCUGGACUUGGAGGGGCUGGGAUGCCCCCCGCCAGACGCUGCUGCCCCUCACAGAGAAGGCAGCUGGUGCCGUGUGCAGGCCGCUGCUCCGGCCUAGGCCUGGAGGCCACCCAAGUUGUAUAUUUUUUUAUCUCUUGACUGAAUGGACUUUGCACACUUUGGCCCAGGGUGGCCAGACCUCUGUCCCAGCAUCGGUGGGGGACGCACAGGUGGAUGAGCCACGUGAAUCCUUCUGAGCCCCCACAAGGGAGAUGCCAGAGCUGCCCGAGGCCUCUACCCCAGCACUGGCACACAGGGCCUCCGGGGCACCGGGGCCGCCGGGCCGCCUGCCACCUCUAGGGCGUCGUUUCACUUUUUUUUUUAAUUUAUCCUCUUGAGUUUUUCUUCCGCUUUGUGGGUUUGGCUUGUGUUUCUUGCAUGGUUUGGAGCCCAUCACUUUUCUGCCACCUCCCCGGGAACCAGCAGGCCAAGACCUGCCCUGUCUGCUCAGGCGGUUGUCUAGGGGGAUGGACCCAAGGUCUCUGCUCAGAGAGGUGCUAGGGGAACCAUCCAGCUCAUUCUCCUUGGGGACUGGCUCGACGGGAGCUGUGGAUUUGCUUUUGGUGUUGUUUAAAAAAAAAGAAAAUAUAUUUUUUUGAAGAAAGGACUGCCCGUCCUGGGUCCUAUCCCUGGUGGCUUAGGGCAGUUACCUGAUGGCUGUUUUAAUUAAAAACAAAAAAACAAAAAAAAGAGGUGGCACAAAAGGUUGUGUGUAACUGUG